AUGAGGGACCCUACAGCAGAAAUGGAACAAUCUACCCAAUCCCCCGCGCCGAAUGGGUCGAGUGAACCCCGCCGCUCUAAUAAAUCCGUUCGAGUCGCGUUCGGUCCGGACCUUGAAACCACAAUCCCCACCCGCGAACGUUCACCAGCACCAUUAUCCAGCCACCAUCGCUCAUUUACUACUGUAGAGCAGAAACAUCCCAUGAUCGCAACCCCCACUCGUCCCACAAGCUCGGCCGGCGAGAAUCCGGCUUUAGGACCCGAUGACCCGCCACGACGGCCUUCCCCUCGCAGGUCGGAGAGCAGUCGACCGGCCAUGUUGAAAAGAGCAAAGAGCGACUACGGCCCGAGUAGAGUCACAUUUGACAAGCCAGUUGGGGAGGACGAGGAAGAUUUCGCCAUGCGACACGGGUGGCAGGAGGAAUACACCUCCAGCGAAUACCUCAAGAUUUUGCACUCGAACUUCUACAUGUACUUCACCGAGAAACGCCAUGAAACAAAUGGCAUCCCCCGAGACCCUGUGGGGAGUUGGCCGAGUCAGGAUUGGAGGAUGAAAGACCGACUCAAGACCGUAUCGGCCGCAUUAGCAAUUUGCUUGAAUAUCGGUGUCGAUCCUCCUGAUGUGGUGAAAACAAAUCCGACAUCGAAGCUAGAAUGCUGGGUGGAUCCUACCUCGACCACUGGUGGCGGUCAAAAUAAGAUCAUGGAACAAAUCGGCAAGAAGCUGCAAGAGCAAUAUGAGACUCUGAGCCUUCGAACAAGAUACAAGCAAUAUCUGGACCCGUCAGUGGAUGAAACUAAGAAGUUCUGCAUCUCCCUGCGUCGGAACGCCAAGGAUGAGCGGGUCCUCCUGCAUUACAAUGGGCAUGGAGUUCCUUUACCGACCCAGUCCGGUGAGAUCUGGGUCUUCAACAAAAAUUAUACACAGUACAUCCCUGUGCCUCUAUAUGACCUGCAGUCCUGGCUGGCUGGACCUAGCCUUUUCGUCUUUGAUGUGUCGCAUGCGGGUAACAUUGUCUCAAACUUCCAUACAUUCGUGGAAAAACAUGAGAAGGAAAACAUCGAAGCGAAAAAACGAGAUCCCAACGCCAUUGUCCAGAACUAUGGCGAUUGCAUUCUUCUUGCAGCAUGCCAGAAAAACGAGUCACUCCCCACCAACCCAGACCUCCCAGCUGAUCUUUUCACCUGUUGUUUGACAACCCCGAUCGAAAUUGCGCUGCGUUUCUUUAUUCUGCAGAAUCCUCUGCGGACCGACAUUUCUAUAGAUGACUUCAGAGUUCCAGGUCGUCUGCAAGACCGGCGCAGUCCUCUCGGAGAAUUGAACUGGAUCUUCACCGCGAUUACUGAUACGAUUGCAUGGAAUACGCUUCCCCGUGCCUUGUUCAAGAAACUUUUCCGGCAAGAUCUCAUGGUAGCAGCGCUGUUCCGCAACUUCCUUCUGAGCGAACGUAUCAUGCGUACAUACAAAUGCCACCCCAUCUCUUCCCCCGAGCUUCCCGAGACCCACCAUCAUCCACUAUGGAAGAGCUGGGACCUUGCUGUGGAGAUGGUGCUAGCGCAGCUGCCUGCUUUGAUUGACCAAGAAGAAGGACGUCGACAGUACGAGUAUCAGCACUCUACUUUCUUCGCUGAACAACUUACUGCGUUCGAGGUUUACCUCUCAUCAGGACCUACUGAGAAAACACCUCCAGACCAACUCCCCAUCGUGCUGCAAGUCCUGCUUAGUCAAGCACAUCGCCUGCGUGCAUUGAUUCUGCUCAGCAAGUUCCUGGAUUUGGGGCCAUGGGCUGUCCACCUUGCCCUUAGCAUCGGUAUUUUCCCAUAUGUCGUUAAAUUACUCCAGUCAGCUGCCCAGGAAUUGAAGCCAGUCAUGGUUUUUAUCUGGGCAAGAAUCAUGGCUGUUGAUCACACCGUCCAGAACGACCUUCUCAAGGAUAACGGAAUUCACUACUUCAUCUCCAUUUUGAAUCCGGCGUCGCCAAUUCCUGUUGGAAAUGCCAGUGAACAUCGAGCUAUGUGUGCGUUCAUCGUUUCCAUCUUCUGCAAGAACUACCCCCAGGGUCAGAAUGUAUGUCUAUCCGGUGAAUUAUUUGACUCGUGUUUGAGACACCUCGGUGAUGUUGAAAACCCCCUGCUGCGGCAAUGGUCAUGUCUAUGCCUGAGUAUGCUUUGGUGUGAUUUCCCCGAAGCAAAAUGGAUGGGUAUUCGAUGUUCAGCCCCCGCCAGACUCUGUGAGCUGAAUUUUGAUCCGGUUCCAGAGGUCCGCGCCGCAAUGCUGCACGCGGUCACUACUUUUAUCGGAAUUCCCGAUUUGACAGACCAGGUUGCACAGAUUGAAGAGUCAUUGGCCAUGUCGGUCUUGCCUAUGGCCGCCGAUGGGAGUGUCAUUGUCAGAAAAGAGCUUCUGGUAUUUUUAUCCACCUUCGUCAAGCGUCAUCAGAAUAAGUUCUUAGUGGCAGCAUUUGAGGAGCUUCAAAAUGAGAAGCGAUCUCUCCAGCGUCGUCUUCAGGAUGCGUCUCCGGCUACCCAAGCAGAGUUUCAGAAGACGUCUUCGGAGUUUGAUUCAAAGACACCACAGCUGUCUCGUAACACCACUUUCGGGACUCUUUGGAAGCAAAUUUUGAUUAUUUCUGUCGACCCACAUCCUGAAAUCGCACAGGGUGCUGGUGUCAUUGUUGAUUACAUUCACCUCCUCCUUUUGGAGUCACCCAUGUCGGCUCUCGCUGACAAAAACAGAAUUGAGAUCCUAGAUCUCACCUAUCAUUUGUCACAAAAACUCCAGUCGGCAGAGCGCUCAGAGGCAAAGAAAACAGCUCUUCCUUCGACACCACCAUCUUCUAGUACAACGCUGCCCAAACAGGAGGGCUAUCUUUCUAUAGGGUUCAAGCGUACAGCUAGUUACGCUGCCUCCCUCAGAAACCUUGCAUUUGGCUCAGGAUCGGAAAACUUGUCAUCUGAAAGCAAUGCCCCUCCUUCGCCCACCAAGAGUCGUAUGCCCAUGACACCCCGUGGCCGUGCUCCGCCUGAAUGGACCCGACCUCCGGAAGUGAACGACCAGGUUGCUCCGGCUACCUACCACCUGGCUCCAACACCCACAUCGCGCGGUUUUCAACCCAUAGAUCCAGAGAGUGUACCUGCCAUCCCUCUCGGAAGCAGAUUUUUGGACUGGUCAACAGAGUAUUUCCGGGAACCCCAGAUGAAACCCAACGAGCCCGAUGAGCCUGGAAGCUCCGACUACAAUGAGCGGCUUUGGAGACGUGGCCGCAACGAGAAGAUCAUUGCGGAAACUCAACCUCUCAAAGGGAAGGCAGGUACCAGUCGAUGGGAUAACUCAGUUGCACUGUUGUCCAAUAGCAGUCAGCCUUUGAAGAUGUGCUUCCAUCAAUUUGAGGAUCAUCUCGCCGUUGCAGAUGAUCGUGAUACCAUUGCUAUCUGGGAUUGGCAAAACCACAAACGACUCAACCAGUUCUCAAAUGGGAAUCCGAUCGGAUCCAAGAUCAACGAAGUUCGUUAUAUUAACGAAGACGACCAGGCUCUUCUGUUGACAGGUUCUUCGGACGGUGUGCUCAAGCUGUUCCGUAACUACGAAUCUGCCAAGGGCAUCGAGGUCGUCACCGCAUUCCGGGCAUUACCAGACCUAAUACCAAGCAAUCGCAACGCAGGUCUUGUGCUUGACUGGCAACAAGGUCAAGGAAAGGCAUUGGUGGCAGGUGAUGUGAAGGUGAUUCGAGUGUGGAAUGCAGCCACUGAAGUCUGCACUAAUGAUAUCCCGGCACGAUCCGGCUCUUGCAUCACAUCGUUGACCUCAGACCAAGUGGCUGGCAACAUUUUUGUUGCUGGCUUUGGUGAUGGUGCCGUUCGUGUUUUCGACCAGCGACUGAAGCCUACCUCAUCCAUGGUCAAAGUCUGGCGCGAGCAUAAGCAAUGGAUCACCAACGUCCAUAUGCAGCGUGGUGGCUUCCGAGAACUCAUCUCGGGUAGCCGCAACGGUGAGAUUCGCCUGUGGGACCUUCGUAUGAACGAUGCGCUUUCGACUAUCUAUGCCACCAAGGAUACUCUCCGUACCUUGAGCGUCCAUGAGCACGCUCCCGUCUUCAGCAUGGGUACAAAUCGCCACGAGGUGAAGACAUUCAAUGUCGAUGGAACCUACCUUUCUACAUUCGAACCUUAUUCCAGCUUCCUCCAUCACAACCGCGCCUCGCCCAUUGCUGCUACUGCAUUCCACCCCCAUCGCACCAUGCUCGCCUGUGCAGCGCUGCAUGACAAUCACAUUAAUCUUGUGUCUUGUUAG